UUCACACAGUCUUCGGUGUCAGGGUUGCUUCUCUUUCUUCUAUUCUCUAUCUGUGACACAUAAAAAGAAACCCUUUUUCUCUGCAAAUUUCCUUAUGAGUCAUUUUCUGUGUUUUUUACAGAAGAAGCAAUACCCAAUUACUGCUAAUAGUCGUUUGCCUUCUUUCUUCUAGUAAACCAACAGAGAUAUGAGAGUAAAAACUGACUUCAAAGAACCAUGGGAUAAAAACAGUAGCUGCAGAGAGAGAGAAAAUAAGAAAAAAUGAGCUCAUAAGCCAGAUAGGUAGAUAGAUAGAAAGAUAAAUUGAGAGAGAGAGAGAGAGAGAGAGAGAGAGAGAGAGAGAGAGAGAGAGAGAGAGAGAGAGAGAGAGAUAAUAAAGAGGAGAGAAGGUCAGGUGGGGGUGGGGGUGGUUUGUUUGUUGAAUAAAGCUAGGAAUUUUGCCAAUGUCGCAAGAUUCUCAGGAGAUAAAGACGAUUGAGCAAUGGAGAUGGUCCGAAAUGCAAGGUCUUGAACUCGUCUCUGCUUCUCCUCUCCACCCUUUCAAUACAAAUAAUAAUCCACCUACACCACUCCACACAGCAACUCCUCCUCAACAUCCAUUGACCCCUCAUCACGAUAGAGAAAUGGAGGAUAAUAAUCCUUCUUCUUCUUCUUCUGAACCCAACAAGGAUAAUGGUGGCAGGGAGAAGCCUGGUGAUGUCCCCUCUAUUGGGUUUGGAGAGCUUUUCAGAUUUGCAGAUGGUUUGGAUUAUGUGUUGAUGGGAAUUGGGUCUGUUGGAGCAUUCGUUCAUGGCUGUUCUCUGCCUCUUUUCCUUCGUUUCUUCGCUGAUCUCGUCAACUCUUUCGGUUCUAAUGCUAACAAUAUCGACAAGAUGAUGCAGGAAGUUUUGAAGUACGCACUCUACUUUCUUGUUGUGGGUGCUGCAAUAUGGGCAUCUUCAUGGGCUGAGAUAUCUUGUUGGAUGUGGACUGGAGAGAGACAAUCCACUAAGAUGAGGAUCAAGUACCUAGAAGCAGCCUUGAAUCAGGACAUUCAGUAUUUUGACACCGAGGUGCGAACCUCCGACGUCGUAUUUGCCAUUAACACUGAUGCAGUAAUGGUCCAGGACGCCAUUAGUGAGAAACUGGGCAAUUUCAUUCACUAUAUGGCAACGUUUGUAUCUGGAUUUAUAGUGGGUUUUACUGCUGUUUGGCAAUUAGCUCUGGUAACACUUGCAGUGGUUCCUCUUAUAGCCGUGAUUGGAGGGAUUCACACCACCACAUUAGCUAAGCUCUCUGCCAAGACCCAAGAUGCUCUUUCCCAAGCAGGAAAUAUUGUUGAACAGACUAUAGUGCAAAUUCGUGUUGUUUUCGCAUUUGUUGGCGAAUCAAGAGCAUUACAAGCCUACUCAUCGGCAUUGAGGAUAGCACAAAGGAUCGGCUACAAGACUGGAUUUGCAAAGGGAAUGGGACUAGGUGCAACUUACUUUGUUGUUUUCUGUUGCUAUGCUCUCCUUCUCUGGUAUGGUGGUUACCUUGUUAGGCACCACUUCACCAAUGGAGGACUCGCCAUAGCUACCAUGUUUGCAGUUAUGAUAGGUGGAUUGGCUUUGGGACAGUCUGCUCCAAGCAUGUCCGCAUUUGCCAAGGCAAAAGUUGCAGCAGCUAAAAUUUUCCGUAUAAUAGACCACAAACCGGCAAUUGAUCGAAAUAGUGAUUCGGGUUUGCAAUUAGAGUCAGUUUCAGGACUAGUUGAGCUGAAAAAUGUCGAUUUCUCAUAUCCUUCGAGGCCAGAUAUUCGAAUCCUCAAUAAUUUUUCACUUACUGUUCCUGCCGGAAAAACCAUAGCUUUGGUUGGAAGCAGCGGCUCUGGUAAGAGCACUGUGGUUUCCCUCAUCGAGAGAUUCUAUGAUCCCUCCUCAGGACAAGUGCUGCUAGAUGGGCAUGACAUAAAGACACUGAAACUGAGAUGGUUAAGGCAGCAAAUAGGGCUUGUAAGCCAAGAACCUGCUCUAUUUGCCACCACCAUUAAAGAGAACAUACUCUUGGGCCGGCCUGAUGCAGACCAAGUUGAGAUCGAAGAGGCUGCUAGAGUUGCUAAUGCCCAUUCUUUUAUUUUCAAGUUACCGGAUGGCUUUGACACACAGGUUAGUAAGAUAUUAAUCUGUAGUUACUUGAUAAAUUAUUAUGGACGAUCACCAUACUCACGUAGGUUAUCUGACUUCUCGACCUCAGAUUUCAGUCUCUCUCUAGAUGCGGCACACCCCAGUUAUCGGAUUGAAAAGCUUGCCUUUAAGGAGCAAGCUAGUUCCUUCUGGCGCCUGGCAAAAAUGAAUUCUCCAGAAUGGGUUUAUGCUUUAGUUGGUUCUAUAGGCUCUAUCAUCUGUGGCUCCCUUAGUGCCUUCUUUGCAUAUGUUCUUAGUGCUGUCCUAAGUGUGUACUACAAUCCUGACCAUGCAUACAUGAUCAGACAAAUUGAGAAAUACUGCUAUUUGUUAAUUGGGCUAUCGUCAGCUGCCCUUCUCUUCAACACAUUGCAGCACUUCUUCUGGGAUAUUGUGGGUGAGAAUCUCACAAAGAGGGUGAGGGAAAAAAUGCUAAUGGCUGUGCUUAAAAAUGAAAUGGCAUGGUUUGAUCAGGACGAAAAUGAGAGUGCUAGAAUUGCAGCGAGGCUGGCCCUUGAUGCGAACAAUGUUAGAUCAGCCAUUGGAGACCGUAUUUCAGUGAUUGUGCAAAACACAGCUCUAAUGCUAGUAGCCUGUACUGCAGGUUUUGUUUUGCAAUGGCGCCUUGCCCUAGUCCUCAUAGCUGUCUUCCCUGUGGUUGUUGCUGCCACUGUUUUACAGAAAAUGUUCAUGCAAGGUUUCUCCGGAGAUCUUGAGGGUGCCCAUGCCAAGGCCACGCAAAUAGCUGGGGAGGCAAUAGCCAAUGUAAGGACUGUUGCUGCCUUCAAUUCAGAGGCAAAGAUAGUUGGUUUUUUUUCCACCAACCUUGAAACUCCACUAAGGCACUGCUUUUGGAAGGGACAGAUUGCUGGAAGUGGAUAUGGGGUUGCACAGUUUGCGCUUUAUGCUUCCUACGCUCUUGGUCUCUGGUAUGCCUCCUGGCUUGUGAAGCAUGGCAUCUCUGAUUUUUCCAAGACAAUUCGAGUUUUCAUGGUUCUCAUGGUUUCGGCCAAUGGUGCGGCUGAGACACUGACCUUGGCUCCUGACUUCAUAAAGGGUGGUCGAGCUAUGCGGUCAGUCUUUGAUCUUCUUGACCGCAAAACUGAAAUUGAGCCUGAUGAUACUGACACAAUCCCAGUUCCUGACCGACUUCGUGGGGAGGUUGAAUUGAAGCACGUUGACUUCUCUUAUCCUUCACGCCCUGAUGUCCCCAUUUUCCGUGAUCUUAGUCUACGUGCACGAGCUGGCAAAACUCUUGCCCUUGUGGGUCCAAGUGGUUGUGGUAAGAGCUCAGUCAUUGCCCUUGUGGAGCGCUUCUAUGAACCAUCAUCUGGUAGGGUAUUGAUUGAUGGGAAAGACAUUCGAAAAUACAAUCUAAAGUCCCUGCGAAGGCAUAUUGCAAUUGUUCCACAAGAGCCAUGUCUGUUUGCUACUACCAUCUAUGAAAACAUUGCUUAUGGGCAUGAAUCAGCAACUGAGGCUGAGAUUGUUGAAGCCGCUACACUUGCCAAUGCACACAAGUUCAUAUCUUCCUUGCCUGAUGGUUAUAAAACCUUUGUUGGUGAAAGAGGGGUUCAACUUUCUGGAGGACAAAAACAGAGAAUUGCUAUUGCGCGAGCUUUGGUGAGAAAAGCAGAUAUCAUGCUGCUUGAUGAGGCAACAAGUGCAUUAGAUACUGAGUCAGAGAGAUCGGUCCAGGAGGCUCUGGACCGAGCUUGCUCAGGGAAGACCACCAUUGUGGUUGCUCACCGCUUAUCAACUAUUAGAAAUGCCCAUGUGAUUGCAGUGAUUGAUGAUGGGAAAGUUGCAGAGCAAGGAUCACACUCACAUUUGUUGAAAAACUAUCCAGAUGGGUGCUAUGCCCGGAUGAUACAAUUGCAGAGAUUCACACAUAGCCAGGUUGUUGGAAUGACAUCAGGUUCGAGCUCGUCAGGAAGACCUAAAGAGGAUGAUAGAGACAAUUAGGGAGAUCAAAGAAACAUAACACUACAAGAGGAGUAUAUCCUGGUAUACAUCCCUUAUGAUUUUUUGUGUCUUUAAUUUGCACUGUUAAAUGUUUUUGGUAUAGAAUAGUAUGUGUAUUAAGGAAUUUUUUUCUUUUUUUUUUCAAUGAUAUAUGGAUGUUAUCUCUAUGAAUAUUUCUAAGAAAAUGAUAAUGAGAAAAUAGUUCAUUGAUAAUGAAAA